AUGAGCAAAGUCGAGAAGAACGUAGAUUUUGGAGUGGACGAAGACCUGAUCGAUGCCGUCUCCUGCGAUAACGAAUCGAUGACUCGACAGAGAACAGACUCUAUGCAAUCUCUCGAUGAAUUUGAACCAUAUAUUCGAAGCCGAAGCGCAAGUGACAAAUCAAGCCUCAGUGAAAAACGCCGUCUAACCCAGGAUGAAGUGCAGGAUCUGCGUUUAAAAAUCAAUAGUCGCGAGCGAAGGCGCAUGCACGACCUGAAUCGUGCCAUGGAAUCCCUUCGACAGGUGAUUCCGUACGGCGGUACGCCGUCCUCUCGAAAGCUGUCCAAGAUCGGCACCUUGAUGUUGGCCCGCAACUACAUAGUCAUGUUGACAAAGUCUCUUGAGGAACUGCGCGGCGCGAUCGCCACCGCAGCGGUACAACAGUCACCGAUUCUGAAAGGCAGUCAUUGCAGUGCAUUCAGUGCACUGCCGUCUUCGGUGACCACCUCAGCGCCUCUCUUUCCCGUUCAACCAUGGUCGCCCCUGUUUUUCACGCCCUCUCCAGCAACAUCCCUCUGGCCGACUAUGCGAAUGCCUUCCCUACCGUCUACGACAACAAGAAACGGUGCCGCCUCAUCAUAA